AUGAGCAGCAGAGAAGUGAAGGAGUACUUGUCUCACCACCUCGUCCCUCAGCUGCUGGAGAGUCUGUUAACAGGUCUCCUCUACCAUCGUCCUGAUGACCCUGUCAGUUUCCUGCAGAGCUGCCUGAUCAGGACCAGACACCUGGGGGGUCCUGAGGCUGUCACCUGGGACACCUUCAUCCACCUGGACAGAGACCAGCUGAGACCUGGACCCCCCAAAACAUUAUCUGCCCCCCCUCCUCCACCCUCUGUGCCCCCCAGAACAACACCCAUCCCUCCCAUCAAAUCCCCACCACCUUUCAUACCCCCUUUAACACCCCCCAUACCCCAACCACCACCCUCGGUCCUCCAAAAACUGCCCCCCUUACCACCCAUAACCCACCCAGCACCCCCACCCUCACAAUCUGAACCACAGUUACCCUCCAUUAAACCCAAAACAUCUGUCUUAUCCCCACUGACACCCUCAGUGUCCUCCAUCCACCAUAAUCCCCCCCAAACAGCUGCUGAACCCAGAGUCCUCCUCCCAGCUCCACCCAACACCCCACCCCCCCACACUGAGUUGACGGAGGACGACACGAAGCGUCACAGCUCAGAGGGUAAGAGAACAAACACAAUCCAGGUGUUUACAGGUGAGAAGGUGGGACUUCAAACCAACCUCACACCUGAUCCCCACCCCCCACUCCCUACAGUCCAGUCUCAGCUCUCCAUAGACUCAGACUCUGACAUGACGGAGAGUUCUGGACUCCUGCAGGAAGUCAGCAUCCUCCCUACCCAGAGGCCACGCCCCCUCAUCAUCUUCAUCAUUGGUGGACCAGGAAGUGGGAAGGGAAGUCAGACAGAGCGGUUGGCUUGCUGCUUCGGCCUCAGAGCCAUCUCAUUGGACGACCUGCUCAGGAAGCAGCUGCUGAACCACGCCUCCCCCAGCAGGAAGUGGGAGGUCAUUUCAGAAAUGAUGAGUCAUGGAGAGCUGGGACCACAGGAGGAGACAAUCUCAGAGCUGAGGAGGCAGCUGAUUGGUCGGAGGGAGGUCAGAGGAUUCAUUGUGGACGGAUUCCCCCGAGACGUCCACCAGGCCCUGAGCUUCCAGGAGCAGAUUGGUUCUCCUGACCUGGUGAUGUUGCUGCUCUGCUCCAAUGAGACGCUGAGCUGUCGUCUACAGCAACGAGCCGCUCGACUAGGUCUCCUAGGAGACAGUAGCCACACCUUCAGGAGACGCCUGGACACGUUUCAGAGAGACGUUGUCUCCAUCAGGAGAUACUACAGACAGACACACCUGCUGAUUCAGGUGGAUGCAGACAGAGAUGAGCAGGUGGUGUUUGCUGAUCUGAGUUCAAUCAUCAGAGAAAAACUGCAGCUGAAGGAUCAAUCAGGUCCUGUUGGUAUCCCAGAAUGCAGCAGUGCUGUCCGUGACGUCCCUUUUACCAUCAGAUCUGUUAAUCAAUAAUAUCAAUAAUAAUAAUCAAUAAUAUCAGUUGUGUGUGAGGGUAUGAGCCCUGAACAGCCUGUCAGCCAUCUGUGUGUCUUGUCUGAUGAUAGUAACCAUGGUAACCACCUGAGUCUGUGUCCAGUGUUUAAAUCUCAUAUUUGACCUUCAACCUUUAACCUAACUCCAUGAAGCUGAAUACUGUCAGUACUGAUCUGAAAUCAAUACCAUAACAAUAUCUGUUUGUACUUGUCUGUGUCUCAUAUGAAUAAAGUCUC